GAUAACUAACCUGACAACAAGACAGAAAUUAGUACCGAAUCCCAAGUGGUGUCGAGAUCGAAGGUUGGCACCGUUCGCACUUUUCUCUUCUUCCUCCUCUCCUUCCUAGGAAAUGACCUGUGUUCAUCUUCAGUAAAUACCAUGGGUUUGUCUCUAUGAUCCACACCAUCGAACCUGUGCUUCUUCGGAGAGUAUUAUGAGAUGAUGAUCGAUUCAUCAUCGUCAUCAUGAUCUGUUGUGAGAUGUUAAAUAGAAAGAAAUGUUAUGAAUUUCUUAAUAUGAGGAAGAAGCAGCUGCUCUUACUGAAGCUUGGCAUUGUUGCCUGGCUCCUGGUUGUAUAUGUACUUUUUACAUAUCAACCAUCAACUCCACAUCUGACACAGGAUGGAGAUAAGGCUCAAUCCUUGACACAUCAGGUGGACAAACUGGAGUCGGAGCUUAGGAAACAGAGUGAUUUCUACAAUUCCUUGGUGGAAAGGCUCAGGUCCCUUCAGAAGCAGCAGGAAGAGCAGAAAAGUCGAGAAGAAGCUGAAGAUCUUGGCUUGCAGGAUCUAAUACCAGAACCUCCUAUACAAGUAUUGCCUGUAUUAUUGAUAGCAUGUAAUCGAGAAUCGGCUGUACGGAGAUCUCUUGAUCUUCUACUGAAGUAUCGACCAAACCAAGAACAGUUUCCUAUUAUAGUGUCUCAGGAUUGUGGUCAUAAACCAACAAGAGAUGCUAUAAUGUCCUAUGGUGAUAAAGUUCAAUUAAUUCAGCAACCUGACUUGAGUGAUAUCGAUGUACCUGUAAAAGAAAAGAAAUUUAAGGGAUAUUUCCUAAUAGCAAGACAUUACAGAUGGGCGUUGAAUCAGAUCUUCCAGAAAUUUUCCUAUGAAGCUGUGAUUAUUGUGGAAGUCUCAAGUCAGCUGGGUGUGACGUCACAGCUGUUGCAUGAUCUUGAUGUUGCUCCAGAUUUUUAUGAGUAUUUCUCUGCAACAUACCAGAUUUUACGUGCAGAUCCCACUCUAUGGUGUGUUUCUGCUUGGAAUGACAACGGUAAACCAAACUUGGUCGAUAUAAAAAAUGGAAGCAGCAUAUUAUAUAGGACAGAUUUCUUCCCUGGUUUGGGGUGGAUGAUGACCAAAGAACUGUGGGAUGAACUUGGCCCCAAGUGGCCUAGGUCAUAUUGGGAUGACUGGGUUCGUGCUCCAGAACAGCGCAACAACAGAGCUUGUAUUCGACCUGAAGUGUCACGGACCCGUACUUUUGGAAAGAAAGGUGUUAGCAAUGGACUCUUUUAUGAAAAGUACUUAAAGCAGAUCCAUCUCAAUGAAGUCUUUGUUCCUUUCACAAAGCUGAAUCUCACUUAUCUUAUAAAGGACCAUUAUGACCCAGUCUUUGACCGGGAAGUACAGAAUAGUCAAGUGGUAUCUCUGAGUGAAGUGAAAUCUGAUCGUUUAUCUCAAGGCAACAGCUAUAAAAUUGUCUAUCACACGAAAGAUAUAUUCAAAAGGACAACCAAAGCCCUUGGCCUUAUGGAUGACUUUAAGGCUGGAGUACCUAGAACUGGCUAUCAUGGAGUUGUGUCUUUCUUCUAUGGGGGCCGUAGAAUUUACUUGGCUCCUAGUAAUAAUUGGCAAGGAUAUAAUCCUUCUUGGAGCUAGCAGUCCUACAUGCUCUACUGGAAUUUGUAAAGACUUGUCUAUAUUGUUAGUAUAAUAUACAGAAAUAUGAGUUGCAUGUUUAUUCUCACUGCAAUAAAUAAUACAGUGUUAACUUUGUCAACCUCACUCAUUUAUUUUAUGUUAUUAAUACCUAUUUUUUUAGUUUCAUAUUACUGCUUAAUUCAAUCUUAGGUAUUUUCAUUUUACAAUUUGAAAUUUUAUUCAUCUUUUAUCAUUGUAAUGCAUUUUUUUCGUGACAAGUUUAUAGCAAGAAGAAUAGGCUCAUAUCUUUGAUUGACAUUCCCAAAGGUAAUCAUUGAAGGCCUUUGUAAUUGGACAAGUAAUAUAAGAAUAUAUUUUGUUAUCUGCUGUUUUAUGCCUCAGAAGUCUAUUCUUGACUUUUUGCUGUUUGAAUUGACCUACUGUAUAGGCUAUUUAACUUAAUUGUGGAUGAGACUGAAAAUAUGAGGUAGACUCAUAAAUUGUGUUUUUUUUAUAUAUGUUAUUCUAGAGACAAAGUUGUGUGUACUGAAAGAUCAGCCUUGUACAGAAAGUUAUGGAAGAAUUUUAUCAAUUUUAUGAGAUAUGUACCAAGAAAGGAAAUCUGCAAAUGAUUUCAUGCUGCUUGUGGUUAGUUCCUAUCUGAUAAUGUGGCCUAUGAAAUCAUGUGGUUUAACAGUGCAAAAGGAACAUAAUAGUGAAAGUUUUUACAAUACUGAUAAAUAAACUUAUAUUAUGAAGUGCAGUCUGUGAGAUAAUUUUUGAAAAAUCUGCUGUUCUGGCUCUGUGUAGGUAAACUCUUUUGUUGUCUCUGUUCUGGAUUAAUGCAAAACUGACAUUGCAGUUAGUGUGUUGGGAUAAGAGAGUCUUAAUAGCUUCAGAUUCUAUUUUCAAUUUAAUAUUAUUAUAAACAUUUGUAUACCUAACAGAAAAAGAGGGACCAGUCAUUGUAGCUAUUGGUUAUAAAAUUUUCAUGGUGGUAUGAAAUAGUUUUCCAUUACUUUUUUAAUUCUUUUAUGAUUAACAAUGGUAUUCAGCAUAAACUACUGUUAUGGCCAGUUCCUGAUAUAUUAGGAUAAUCAUUUGUCUAAAGCCAGUAUUCUUGAGAAUGCAAUGGAUAAAAUUUCCAGCUGGCUUCAUUUUUAUUCAUAAGGAAUGAAUUUUGGUUUUCUUGUUCUUCAUCAGUGAUUUUUCAAAUAGCACAUCUUUUAUUUAACAUGCUCAUUGGCUGUAAAGGUGGACUUAAAAAAUAAUAAACCAAUGUUCUUUAUUUUUCUUAUGCAUGGUUAAAUGAAUAGUUGGAAUAAGAGUUCAAUAGUUCUGUUUGUACUCCUUUGCUAUCUCGGGUAUUAGCAGGUUCAGUAUUCACAUGAUAACUUUGGGGUAUUUGUUGGAACAUUAUUUCUGAAAUUUUAUGCUAAGGUUACUUAUUUAGUUUCAAGGAAACAUAAUAACUAAAAUGUGCUCAGACGUCCUUCAGGUAUGAAAGUUAUAUUUUUCAUUUGAAUUUCUAAGAUGUAUUUUUAAUGAGUUUUUAUUUGUGAAAUUACCAUAGAUUAGAAAGUGUGGGUGAUCAUAUAUCUAGAUUUCAAGCAUUUGCUGUCACUGAACCUCACUAUUUUCUGAAUGCUGGUGCCAGCUGGACUGUGUUAUUUAUUUGGAAAUCACUUUAAAAAAUACCAUUGCUAACAAAAGAAAUUUAAAUAUCAGAACCAAAUCAUGCUGUCAAUUUAUGUUGAUCCCAGUGAACUCUCAAAUUAUACCAAGACUUCUGGGUUGACUUACUAUUUUUAUCAUUAUUGUUUGCUAAGCUGCAAAACUAGUUUAAAAAAAAAAAGUAGAAUCCUGUGACCCCAAGGGCUACAUAAGGUAAAGUAGCUUAGUACAGAAAAACAAAUCAAGAAGUCAGGACAAGACUACAAGAGAGACAGUGACAAAAAGAUGAAAAACUGUAUGCCAGUCUGCUCAGUAAAAGUGCAGGUGUACUUAGUUUGGGUUUCCAGUGAUUCAGCUUCAUGACUAUUGGGAUCAUUUCAUAACUUAGUCGAGCUGGAACAGGUAACUAGACAAUUGUGUAUUACUGAACUUCAUAAAAGAAAAGGCCAUGCCUAAAAUUAACUUCAUGUCUAGCACUGUGUGGUUGAUGAUACUAUAUCUGGGCAGUUCUGAAUAUGAGAAUGAUCAAAAUUAUGAAGAAUUUUGUAGAGAAUCACUGUUGCCAAGUGAAGUAUAUACUUCUUAUAUUUUAAAAUAAAAAACAUAUUAAAUAAAUUUGGGCCUGGUGAAGUCAUUCAUAUUAACAUGUAAUAAAACUGGUGGUAUGUAAAUUGUAAAAUAAAUAUUUGACAAAUAUUUCAUGAUUAAAAGUGUAUUAUGUAAAAAAAAGUCUGUUCAGUAGCAUCGUUGAUAAUUUGGGUGGAGUAGAGUUUUCAAUAUAUGGACAGUGAAUGUUUUUAAAAUAAAUUUGUUUCAGAGAUUUAUGGAUAGGUUGAUAAGCUUCUAAAUUUGAACCUUGAUACUAGAAUGAAAUUUUUUGGUGUGAAGGUAUAUUUGUAAUACUCUUACUUUGGAUUUAUAGAGAUUAUUCGUAAUUCUAUUUUAUUGCAAGGAUUUUGAAAGUCAUUAUUGUUAUUUGAACAGUGUUGGUACCUAGUAUAUCACCACUGGUAUAUUUAUGCAGUAUUUUGGGAAUAUUUUGGGGGAUAAACUUUAAAAAAUGCAAUGACAAAGAUGUUGAAGUUGUAGUUAUGAGUCCUUUAGUGAAAGUUUAGAAGUUAAGAGACUUACUAAGGAAUAAACUUGUUAAACCAGAUGUCAGCCAAUGUUUAGUUGAGAUGUUCUUGAAAUUUAAUGUUUUUGUACUGUAGAAAACAAAGCAUUUUGUAAUGUUCUGCAUUUGUUGCUGUUUUAUUCAAAGGAAAAUUAGUUUCAUGAUUCCAUUCAAAUUUUACAUAUUGAAAAGGCCUUGCACUAUGAAAUGGCUAAAAUUAUUUAUGCAGUAUGUAUUUACUUUUAUUAGUGACAAAACUUUAUUUAACACUUUACCUGUUGAAGUGAUAAGGUUGAACCUUAAAUUGGUUAUUCAAAAGUCGCUCUGAAAUAUCUUUGUUAUAGGAGCCUCAUUACUCUAUACGUUACUAGUACAAAUGUUAGUGUCACUGAUAUUCACCAGAAUGAGUGAACUUAUUUAAAUAAGACUUGAGAAUGACACUGUUCAGUGGCUGCCAUGAUGGCAUUGGGUAACUUUUAUGGAAGUCAGUUAUGGACUGUAGGAAGGUAUGCAAAUUUUGUUUGCACUCGUAAUGCACAGUAACUGUCAUCAUGUGCUCUUUUUGUUUUCCAAUGUUGAUGGAGGAUUUCAAGAUUUAAUUGGACUUUGUUAGAGUUAAAAGUACUUUCCUAGCUGCUGUUUAGAACUCCCAGGUAUUCUUAUAGAAACCCUGUGUUAAUAAGAUAAAACUUACUAUACUGAGUUUUGAUUAAUUAACUGCACGUUUUUUAGUAUUGUAACUACCAGGGUCACAGAUAUGGGAAGUUUUGUUUUAUAGUUUCAGGUAUUUCAUAUUAAUCAUCUUGUUGCUUUAUAAACACGAGAAAAAAUGUGUAUAUUUGUCAUUAGUCUAUUGUCUUGUAGCUUUCUGAACAUUAGGUACGUAUAAGUUUUACCUUCACCUAACAACCUCCUCAUUAAAUGGCACAUUCAUCUUUUAAGAUUGCAUUUUUUCCAGUACUGGUAUCAGGAAGGUAUAUUUUAGAUGACAAUGCUAUUUCAUCCAUAAAAGUUAUGUUCGGCCUUAUACUGUGAGGAGAAUUAUUUUUACAGUGCUGUAAUAUUGAAUAUGUAGAUGGUUGAUAAUGAGAUCUGUGAUGAUAUUUACCUUUUGAGAUUACGUAUAUGUUAGAUGGCUAAGAACACACACAUUAUUUUUUUACUUGCCUCAUGUUUUUGAAAGUUGUUCUAACAGGGUUGUAUGACAAUUGCAGUCUUUUGUAACUGGUUGUGAAGAUAAUUGCAGGCUUAGGUCACUGUUAAGACAAGUUCAGUGUUAAACAGCUGGUUGUAAGUGUAGUUGGCUGUUUUGUUUCCAAUAUUACAAGUAUGUCCAUGUUAUGCAAAAGGUAUAUUCUUGUUCAACUGACAAAGUUUGAUUAACAUGCAAGACAACUUUGGUAUUUUUAUUUCAGUAUUUGUGUUUUAUAAGACUAUCAUGAAUAUAAUAUUUUUUAUUCUAAUUAUGGAAUUCUUACGACUUCAGGGUAAAAUCUAUGGUAGAUCCUUACUUGGAGUGCAAGAAUGUUUAUCAAAUGGAUAUGUGUCAUGAGAAGUUGGCUGCAGUACAUAAACUUGGUUUAUAGUGAACUUUCUGGAGAACCUUCACUGCUUUGUUCAUAGAAAUAAUUAUGGUGCCAACUCUUAUUUGGAACUAAUUUGCUUAAGUCCACAAUUUUCUCUAAGGCUUGAAUAAUUCUUCUGUUAACACCAAAGACUGCUACAAGAACAUUUCAGGCAGUUAUCCAAAGUGCCUCAAUGGCGUGGUCGGUAUGGUGUUGACGUGCCACCUUGGUGGCCACAAGUUCAAUUCUCAGGCAUUCCAUUGAGGAGUGAGAGAUGUGUAUUUCUGGUGAUAGAAGUUCUCUCUCGACGUGGUUCGGAAGUCUCGCAAAGCCGUUGGUCCUGUUGCUGAAUAACCACUGGUUCCAUGUAACAUAAAAACACCAUAAAAACAAACAAACAAGUAUCCAAUUCAAAUAAGCUCCUCUAGUUUGUAUGUUACAGUUUUCUAAACUUUUCAUUUCUUUUCUCAAAUUAUUUUGUUUAUUUCAGUCUUUUUGGUAGGUUCUGUAAGGAAAAAAAUUAAAUGUAAGUUGAAAGAUGUGAUUUCAAACCAAUAUGUGUACAGAGUAGGAUAUUUUAAUGUUUACUUAUGCUUAAAAUGUAAAAGGGUUGCAAGACCAACUGAUUUAAGAAGAAAUUCAGCUUUGCCAAGGUAUGGGGAAGAAUUUUAUGAAGUGAUGUAACACCUGAUUUUACAUCAUUGUUAAGAAUCAACUCUGUCUAAUAAUUUAAAUGAGUUUACUAAUCACUAUAUUAUUAAUGAAUAGUGGGGUAAUUUAGAUCAAUUUGGCUGAAAACUAUAUUGCUUCUUUAUUGCUACCCUGUUUUACUGUAUGCACAAUUUUUAUACUUGCAUCUAAUCCCAUUUAGUGGGGAAAAGAAGGUUUUGUUGAUAAAUGUAUUUUGUAAGAUUCCAGAUUUUUUAUUUUGUAAAUUAUGUGCAGAAUACAUUUGCCAUUAAUGCUUCACAUAGUGGCUUUGCUUUAAGUGAAAUUACAUUUUCAUAAGGACAAUUCACAUUCAAUAUGUACAUAAGUUUUCUUGAAUCAUUUGGUGCAUAGUGUUUAAUAAUGCAACAUCUGGCAACUCAAGAAAGGGGACAGAGCUUCACAGUCAUAAGAUAGCUUGAUUUCAUAAGCUUUCAAUCAUAAAGAUUUCGCAGAAGCCUGUCAUCAGUGAUACUUGAAUACAGCAUUAAUCUUGAUUUGAUUUGAUAGUUGCUGGAACCUUCAAAAAUAGUAAAAUGAAAGUGGGGAAAAGUAAACCAUACGUUAUGGUUCCUCAUAUUUUUCAUAUAGUUUAGUUUGGAAAAUCAAUUUUCAUUGACAGAAUAUUUGCAAAAAAAAAAAGCUGUGUUCCAGUAAAGUAAAAAAUGUUACCACAAAUUAUUUGAGAAAUUAGCAAAUAAUGGAGCCGUGUUAGCCAUAUCAGCUAACUCUGAACUGCCUGGAAUGGGAGCAUAGGUAGAAAUUCUUGAAGUUAACAGGCCACUUUAACUUCGAUAAAGACUUAAUUUGUUAACAUUUGAUCCAUGUGAGCAUCAAAGUCAGUGAAGUGUGACAGUCAAGUAACAUCCAGUGACUUGUUUUCUCGCCCAAAGUUCCCAGGCUCCUUACAUUAUAAAGAACACCCUUGUGAAUUUAACUAGAUUUGUGCAACCUACCUUAAUCGUUAAAACAUUUACUGCCUUUUAACACUGAAAUACAUAAAUUUGUAGAAACUGGAGCAGUUACAAUUUCCACUUACGAUGGGUCAGUGAUAAUCCUGUUCAUAAAGAAAACAAGUAAAUAUAUCUUGAUAUGGAGUACCACAACAAGAAAUUCCCACUUUUGUUCUAGAUCUUUGUGUAUGAAUCCAUUGCAGAAAUUCCAAUUACUUCAUAUGUAUAAAAUGUUAUUAAGUAUUUAAACAUUUUAGUCUUGUAUAUUUAACAUUUAUGUUAUAACUUGCAUCGUUAAGUCAUAUUCUAGAUUAAAUUUAGUCAGUUGCAUUUUUGGUAAAAGAAAAAUAAAAUGGGAAUUUUGAAGAACAAAAGCUAUUGAAAACUGUUACUUCACUAUUGUUGAUGAUAGUAGUACAAGUAAAUAAAAAAUUAAAAUUAAAAUUACUUCUUGGCAUGAAGGAUAUAUUAGUCGUUGCUCAAGGUAGGUCAUGACAUAGUGCUAAAAUCUAAUUCUAACUGGGUAAAAGCUUCAGGGUACAAUAUAGCAGUAGCUCAAGUACCCUAAUUCAUUAUUGAAAAUGGCAGUCAGAAACAAUUAAUAAUUACUAUAGUUAUUAAGUAGUUUAACCGACCUCUCGGCUAAUUCAUUUAGGUUUUACAUGCCUGGCCUAAGAAAUUUGCCUUUAUUUAUAAUAAAAUUUCAUUUUAAUUACAUAAUAAUAUAGUAAAAUUAACAACUUUGUUUAUUGGAAAUGAUGGAGAUUCUGACAAUUUUUCUUUUAACUGAUUUUUCUCCAAAACUUGACCUUGUGUCAAAUAUAUUUUGAACAUUCACAAAUUGACAAAGUGCUACUCUGUAUUCUGUACAUAUAGGGAUUGGGUCAUGUGGGCUAUUCUUCAAGUAUCUAUGGGCCAAACGAGUGAACCACACUUAAAAUUCGUCAGAAUUAUUAUGUACCUUUCCUUUUGAUGUGAUGAAUUACAAAUUCAAACGUUGGACCACAGUAAUCUACUUUAAUUUGUGAUUAGGUUCAUUACUCUUUAUAUUCAGUAAUAGGUUUUACAGAUGUUAUAAAAUUGUUAAUUGGAACAUCUACAUGUAAUCUUGUAGUAUAGUAGCCUUGGCUGCUGUAAUCGGCUUCUGCAUUUUCUUGAAUGCUUAUAUGGGCAGGAAUCCAAUAAGUUUUUACAUGUUUUCAUCAUAACUCUAUGAAAUGAACAUUUAUAUUGUUAUAUAAGAAUAUUUUUUAAUUUUUAAAAAUAAUUUUGAAAGGUUUCUGUAGCACUUCUCGAGUUGCUGAAAAUUACAGUUUCUCCGUUGGUAUAUAUGUUUCGAAUUUUAAUAGCUGAACUUACUGCACAUAAUUCGGAAAGGAAAAUUGGAAUGAUUUGUUGGGUGAUUAGUCUACAAAUUUCACAUCUGAUGAAGAUUUGCACAGAUGGUCAAAUAAAGUCACAUUCAUCAACGUUCUCCAUUUAACCAGUCAGUUCAUUGAGGCUUUGAAAUUAGAUUUCCAUUAUUUGCUUAUCCUUAAACUCCAAAAACAAAACCAUUUGCAUUAAACUAUUUAUCAUUACAGUAUUAAGAAAAUUAUGCCUGCAUGUUAGAAUAUCAUAGGUAGUGUACAGAGAACAUGUAUGACAGUAAAGGUCCACACAAUGCAGUGUACAUAGAUGGAUUCAAAUGUUUUCCAGGUGUUUUGUUGCUGUAUUGCCAAGAAAACUUAGUUCCCAUUACUUAAUAUGGUCUCUGUUUUUGUAGCUUAUUUAUGCACAAUUUGUUUUCUUUUAUUAUUAUAAAAAGUAUGCCUUCACUCACAUUUUUAAUUUUCUUUGAUUCUAGAAUUGCCAUAAAUCUAAUAUUCCUUCCAUAAAUUAUAUGAAGCUUGUGUAAUUGUUAACCUAGGCUGGAUCCCUUGAAAUGUAGGCAUUACAGUAAAUAUAAUGAAGAUGCAGAAGUAGCAGCCAGGGCCACACUAGUUAUGACUAGAUGAGAGAGAAAAUUUCCAUGAAAGGUCAGAUAACUUUGCUGAAGUCUCCAAGGAAAAUACAAAGUGAAAAGAAGAAACACAGAAUAACAAAUGAAAAGCAUACUAAACUCAUAAUGAUGUGGAAGCCAAUAGUAAAAAAAGGAGUGAAAUAUAAAAAUGGUAUUAGCCCAUCUUUGAAAAUAGGGCAACUUGUUGAACAUAGAACUAACAGUAACCUCUCUUGACACAUGAAGGGUGACCAUUAAUCUUAGAAUAUGAAUUUUGUGCAUAGGCUUAAAUGUUACUUGAUAGCAAAUGGCGUAUUAUAAAUAAAAAAUCCCUAAGGAAAUUUUGUCUGGAUCUUCAACAGUCAGUCUAUCCAGUUAUAAAGUGUUUAUAAAGCUAUAAUUUUUACAGAUGUUCCUUUUUUCUUAGCAGUUUUAGCUUGUGGUAUAGUUAAACUUUAUUUUAUAAUUAUGAAUGUUAAUAGUAUUAAAAAAUAAAUACAUUAAGUUCAUGAAUAUGCUGGGAUCCAAAUCUCAUAAAAAAAGUAAAAGGAAUUGUUAAAAUACUGUAAUAUGUACCUCGCACCUGUUAUAUGUGCUGCCCUAUAUUUCAUAAGUAAAAGGAAAAGAACCAAUGUUCAAUAAAGUUAUCUGCGUCGCAUUGAAAAAUCUUAUUUAAUUAAUUAGUGUGGCUUGGAAUAUUUUUUUUAUCUGUGGUUUAUUGACAUAUUUGUGUACUGUAAUAUGUUUAUAAGAAUUUGUGAGGUUCAUUCACAUAUAUUUUUUUGGUUUAUUCUCUUUUUUUUGUCAAUCUAUUGAGGAGCUGUUUUUACUUAUGGAAUCCAGUUAGUAUUAUGAGCUAAAACUCAGUGGCACAUUGAGUGCAGUGUAUUUCCAGGAGAUGGGUUAUAGCAUCAUCUUAUCCUUCUUUUUCUGUAUCUAUACAUUUAUGGUAGUUUUAAAAAUUAAAGAAUUAGUUAGUCAAGCAUAUAAGAUUGCAAGUCAAGCCAUAAGAUUGCAAUACAAUCUUUAAUAUAUGCAUCAGAUUUCAUGUAUUGUUUGUAGAGCAUUUAUAGACUGAAAUUUGAGUGGGAUUAGGAAGUUUACAGAUGCGUCCUUUCAAGUGUACCGAUGGAUUUCUUUAGUAUAAAAAUAUUCAUGUUAAAGCCUGUAACUUAAUUCUAAGUUAAAAAAAAAGCUGUAUGUUCAGAUCAGUGGCAUAAUAAAUAUGCCUUUGUCUAGGAAAAUUUUCCAGCAUUAUAUUUUACAGGUUUUUCUAGUACUGUAACAGUUAAUUUUACAUUAUUAUGUAGAAAGUACAUGGACAUUUUAAUUUCAAAUAUAUUUUUAAUAGAAGAAUUUGAAAGAAUUUGGAAGAAAGUUGAAUUCAACAAAACAGUUUUGUGAAGAGCAAAUUUUCAAGUUUUCUCUAUAAAGUUGUCUAGUUGAAAAAAAGUGAACAUUAUUAAUGAAUGAAUAGGAAAAAUUGUGGGUGAUAUCAGGACCUACAAAAUAUCACUACAUACAUAUAUAUAGUAAUGGUCAGAGAUGGAACACUACAAGAGAUAGAAUAUGUAAUAUUCAGGAAACCUAGCUGUCAAUAGAAAGGGAUAAAGCUAUUGGAAGGAAGCUGGACUAAGAAGACUUUACUGUAGAGUACUAGUCAGAAACCUUUCCCUGAGAACCAGCCCGAGAAGAGUCUACUUAAGACUCAGAGGUUUGGAAAAACUAAGCUCUAUUAAUAAUAGUCAGAAACCUUGGUGAUUUUCGGUGACGAAAUUGGUUAUCGCCGCCAAUAAUAGGGUACCUGUUGGUGUUGAUACAUACCUAACAGAGGCACCGCUAACUGGGUAUUGGGGGCAAAAUCUGGUUAUCGGCAAUUUUCACUUGCCAUCAAGCCGUUGGAACGGGAAACAACAACAACCCCCCCUCCCAACAACAACCAGGGAUUGGCUGUAGUAGUAGUAGUAUUGAGAAAAAAUUACCAGUGUGAUUGGAAAUUCAAGGUUUGAAAACAUAGGCUGUUUAGUAUCAGAUUAUUUGAACUAUUUUAGAAGUGUAAGCUUCUUGCUACUUAUUACUAUAGUUUCCUUGCUUCUGCAAUGGUAUAAGGCUUUGAAGUUCUUAAUUUUACUUUAACAACACCUUGAGAUUUAUGCUUUGCCACUUUCCAGCCUUGCAUGAUUGGUGUAAAGAUGGUGUUUUGAUGUGUAUAUAUUUUGUAGUUGAAGGUUCAAAUUUUUUAAUCUGUUUAACUGUCAGGAUAAUGAAACUAAUUAUCAGUAAAGUGAAUGAACAAUGCUUUCUAUUACCAUUAUUAUGGUAUAGUGAAAUUACAAUGAAUCUGAACUACGUGAUUUCAUUAUUUAUACUUUAGUGCUUCUUCAUAGUAAGGAAUUUUUGUUUUACUUCCUCUUUGCCAAGAUGAAGUUUAUAUUAAACUCAAAUGCCUUUUCUAACAGUUUUUAUAUUUUCUAGACAUAUUUUUCCAAGGAAAUUUUGGCUGAGUAGUUAAACUACAUUUUCUGGUAAAGUAUUUUCUCAUUAUGUAACAAUCAUUAUUCAGUUUAUUACAUAAUAAUGAAAUGGAAAGUGUGCCGUGUUAGAUACACUAUUAGUAAGCAGCUGUACUUGUCUAUUUUUUAUGAGCUAAUUAUAAAGAAUUCUUGUUAAAUGGUUGAUGACAUUCUUCAAGUAUUUAUUUAACAUCAAAUUUGAGGUACUAUUGCAUUUGAUGCAAAAUUUUCAUCCACAACAAGAAAUUGUCACAUAUAGGUUCAUCCUAAGCAGUUUAGUUAUUUGUUAUAGGUUUAUCCUAAGCAGUUUAGUUAUUUGUUAUUCACCCAGUAUACAACAUUAUCCAGCUCAAGUAGUAUCUUUCCUUGACAGUUUAGGUCUAGAAGAUUAGGACUUAGUUUACUAAUGACAUAUUUUGUAAUGUAAAGGUAAAUGGGUCAAGGAUCCUAAUUCUCUCAUCUAGCCCAGUCCUGAGAUACAGAGGGAAGUGGAGUCAGGCUUAAUCUAAAGGUUAUGACCUUCUUUUACACUAUGGGGAGUGUAUGUCAAGGAAAACAUGCAUAUACAGAGUUCUGAAGUUUUUGAAUAAAGGGAAGAUAAAUUAACAGUGUGAGGCAAGCUGCUAGCUCAUCUGACUAGGUGAAAGAAGUGUUGGCUAAUUGGUGUUUGAAAGCCACCAAAAUAGUUAAGGGUCUCUUUGUUUAAAGGAAUAGUGGUUGAAAUUUUAGCUAUAGUAAGAUAAAUUUACUGUAGGAAAUCUUGUAGCAAACUGCAAAAAUCUUAGAAAAUUUUUAUUCUAAACAAAUUGCUUUUAAAUUCAAUCCUGUCAAGAAGGGACAAAAGUAAAAGACACCACAAUAAGACCAGUAUUGCGACAAUAUGGAUGGAAGGCAGGAAAGAACUUUAGAAUUCACAACAAAUGUUUUUGGGCAGAUUUAGCAGUUAGAAGUGUGAUCACCGUGCUCACAAAGGGAACUUCAUUUUUGUUAAACAGAACUGAAGCAUUGAAUAAGGGAGUGGAAAAAUAACAGGUAGAAGCAGUCUCAACAUAGUGUAUAUACUAAAAGGUGUAGACGAGUUACCAGUAUGCAUUAAUCCUAUAAAAUUCACACACAAAAUGUUUUCCUGAGGGCUGGAAUGUAAAAUUCUGCCUAUUUUCAUUAUUUACCUUUUAAGAAAUAUCCUGUAAAUGAAUGCCCAAUAAAUUUCUUUUUUAAGACAAACCUUAAUGGUACGUACAGGAAACUCUAGCUUUACAAUUAGGUUUCUCAAAAGCCAACCAUGGGUGAUUUGUUGUAGCUUGAUAGCAUAUUAAGGAUUUAAGGGGAUACAUUCCCAGCCACUCUAAACUAAGAAUUAUUAAAAGACCCCAAACCAACAGUAGAGCACGUAUUUGCUGAAAUAUACAACUAAUUACACUUUCAACUUGAAAAAAAAAUCGUUAAAAUAUUUUAUAACAGGGAAAUGGAAUAUGAAAAGAAAAUUGAUAAACCAAAGAAAACUCCUGUACUCUUACCAAAAUGCCCUGCUUUUGCCACCUCUAAACGAACACUGGAGCAUGUAAGUUACAUUUGCAAUGUAAAUACUGUACAUACACAUAAUCAAAUAUACAAAUAUUUAAAUUUCAGAAAAUUUUCAUGAUGAAAAAAUAAACAGAUUUAAAGAUCAUAUUCACUAAGCCUUCCAACCCACUGUACAGCAUUUAUUAAUUAUUCACAAAUAUUGUAAUGUAUCCUGCACCUACACUAUUUUUAAAAAUAAAAAAGGUAUUUUAAAGACAAGAAAAUUAUAAUCAAAUAAAUUUUCAGAAAUUGACUAAAACUGAAACAAUUUGAUACUGCAAACACUUCAAUAUGACUUGACGGGAACAUGGUGACUAGUUCUGAUAUAGAAUGGAGCGUAGUAAUGCCAACUUAUUGUCUUCUCUGUCUUUGAACUGCAACUGUGUGUCUCGUUAUACUCAGCUAGGCCACAAUAAAUUUUAGGUAUAAAGUGCUUUUGUAUUAUUUCAACACUUUCAGGGUAAUGAAGGUAACUUGAAAAUGUGUUGAAAUAACACAAAAGCAUUUGAUACUUCUCUUGCAUCUUCUUAUGUGUAUGCAAGUAUGAAUGUACUGUAUAGAUGAUUGAAUUACAUUUAAUGUAUUUGCAUAGUAUUGUGAAAGUAUUCAGUAUAUAUAAAAUUGGUAAUUUUCUAUUAAAGACAGGCCAGCCCUAUGAGAGCUGAAAAUCAGCUCAGUGGUCUGGUUAAACAAUUCUUAUAAUAAUAAUAAUAAUAAUAAUCUAUUAAAGACAAACCCUUUGGGUCAGCUAUAUGAGAGUCAUUUUGUACUUUGGUCUGGUUAAACAGCAUGAAACUAGUAAUAAUAAUAAACUACGAAUCUUACAGUCUUUACAGUACAGCAUUUGCAAAGCACACAAAAUAACAAAUUUUUAAUUUUGUAUUUUUCAUAGCUAACAAACCUGAAGUCAUAACAUUUAAGAAAAAUGUUCUGGCACCAAUUGGAAACUGGUUAAAAAAAAUAAAAAAUUGUAAAUGCAAGGAAUCUGUGGCAUCUAGCAUCCAAUACAAAGUUGAGGUGAAAGCAAGUCAGAGACCAUGUUUGAACCUAGUGAUGCAUUAUGCUUAACGAUACAUUUUAUUUUAGCCUAUUAAAGACAACUGCAACAGUGUUGUUUUUUAAUUUUUUUUAUCAGUUAUAAGAAAUACAAAAUUAUGUACACUACCUUAACUAAGGCUGCAAGUGUACAGUAUUAGAUAAAUUAUCUGUAUUACUGGCAACAGUAAUGUGAUACUCAUGAUUUAGAUGAUGUUGAGCUAAAAAAAAAAUGUAUAAGUGGUCGAAGGGUACAUAUUCAUAUAGAUUUUGAUUGGGGCUACUUAAAUAUUUUCUAACAUAAAUUAAUCAAUCUGUUAUACAGCGAGGGUUGCCCAAAUUUUUGUAGGUAUAUUACUUUCCAUUUUGUAUGGGACACAGUGAAGGCCCUUUCUUUCUGGGAAACAUUUGCUUGACAUGUGCCAAAGUAAAAAGCAAAAACUUGGAAUUUCAGUUUAACUUCCUUUUAUGUAUUAUAUACACAGUAUUGGUUCAGCACUAUUUUCUAGUGGAAUUUCAGUUUUUUAUGUAAUAUCUAAAGUAUUGUUUCAGCACCAUUUUCUAAUGAACUAUUUCAUGCAUUUUAAUCUAAAACUCAUAUCCAUUCAUUUGAGGCAUAUCAUUUCAAAGUUAGUAGGUAAAUUCUUUAUUUUGUGAUGAUGACUGAUCUUGUAUUUUGUAAAAUAACCUACUAAAAGUAUCUAAUGAAGUUGAAAAAAUUUUAUUCUUUGAGGUAUACUGUACAGUAAGAAAUUCUGAAUUAUGUGGUGCUGUAAAGGUUUACAGUAGCAUUAUGACAUUCAUGGUGUAACUAAUUGGAAUACGGUUUUAAAGCGAUUUUCUCUACGUAGUUUGGCAUCACAAUUAGACCUUAGGAAUGUUACCUUCUGAUUCACCUAGGUAUAACCUUUGGCCCUACAAAUCAGCCAAUUCUUCACACUCUAGAUCUCACAAAAUUCAACCACCAUAAAAUGUCAUGAUCCUACUAUAAUCUAGUAAUGCCUACAUUUUUGUGGCAGUUAUAACUGGUGACUGCAAAUAGAUUUGAACAACUACACAGUGUUAAAUUUGUAAUAAACACUGUACUGUUUUUUUAAUGAAUAUAUAUAUUCCUGUAGUUUAGCAAGUGCAUAAUCUCCUAAUCAGAAACGAAUGGAGUUAAAAUGUGAAAAUAUUAAAAGGUUAAGCGCUUGAGUGACGAACUCCAAGAAAUGGAGUGAAGUCCUUAAUGGUUGGUAUUUGGGGCCAGUUCUUCUUAUCGCUGAUGAAUUAUUUGAUGCACGUCACAAGAUUGUGAGUGAAGGCAGGUGAAGGACCUCUAGUUGUGUGUUAUUUCAAAAUAAUAAUCUAUUGUAUCUUGCUCCACUUUAGAAGGUUCAUUUCUUGUGUCACAUGGGCUUAUUUCAUAUUCUUCACCUGUAGUGCUGCACUGACUGUGUGAGGAAGCCAUUGUUGUUAGAAGUAAAACCUGUUGUUUUCCUAUCCUGGUUCAAGUUUUUAUUUGAAUACUACACUUAAUUUUCUUUUACUAAACAUUUUAUAUGUCGUUUCAUUAAAAGUUUAUAUAUAUUAAA